AUGAUUUUAAAUGCAAAUAGGGGAAAAUGUGAAGGUGCAUGGAGGAAGACAGGAGAAACAGAGAUCCUAUCAGAUGACCUUACAGACAAAGCAGAGGAUGAUGAAUUUUCUAAAACUGAGGAACUACAACUGGAAGAUGUGGAUGAGGAAAUUAAUGCUGAAAAUCUGGAAAGCAAGAAGAAAAUUGUGGGAGAUGAUGCAAGUGUUCCUACAGGUUCCCACAGUAAAACAGAAGGAGCAGAAAGAACCAGUGAUGAUAGCUCAGCUGAAACCAUUGAAAAGAAAGAAAAAGCCAACCUGGAGGAACGGGCCAUUUGUGAAUACAAUGAAAACCCAAAAGGAUACAUGCUUGGUGAUGCAGAGAGCAGUUCAUUAGAAAUCCUAGAAAAUAGUGAAUCAACACCAAGCAACGACAUGAAAAAAACACAGAAGGUAAGUGAAAUGAAUUGUCUUUUUUAAUGCUAAGACCAAAGUAUUGAAUU